GUCACAGGCUCCUCCUGCCAUGAAGGUGAAAAUUAAGUGCUGGAAUGGUGUGGCCACUUGGCUUUGGGUAGCCAAUGAUGAGAACUGUGGCAUCUGCAGGAUGGCGUUUAAUGGCUGCUGUCCAGACUGUAAGGUGCCUGGCGACGACUGCCCGCUGGUGUGGGGACAGUGUUCCCACUGCUUCCACAUGCACUGCAUCCUCAAGUGGCUGAACGCGCAGCAGGUGCAGCAGCACUGCCCCAUGUGUCGCCAAGAGUGGAAGUUCAAAGAGUGAGGGCCCUGCAGCCAGCGGCGCCCCGUCCCCGUCCCCCUCUCCCCGCACUGCAGGCUCAGCCCCUCCCCUUCGCCCAAGGGCGUACUGAGACCCCACCUGUUCUGUGUGGGGACAGGGAUGCUUUCCUUUGGGCAGAAACAAGCUUCACUUGGUUUUCGUUUUGCUUUGUUUUGUUUCUUCCGUUGCGUCAUUGACACUUUUAUUCAAUAAGAAAAACUCAUUAAAGUUCCGAGCCUUGCUGGAGGCUGCUGGUUGCCAGUUUUCGUAACAUAUUGAUAUAGCAGCAGCAUGUUUUGGUAUGAAAACGCUUAUGAAUAAACGUCGUGAUGAAAUUA